AUGGCGACCAACGCCACGGCAGGCGUGAUGUUGCCAACGUUCAAUAUGCCGGCCCUCCCAGAAUACACUCUGAAAGUCCGACCUGCGAUCGUUGCGGGACUUCCAGACGCCUUGUCACAGAUGCUCAUGCUGAUUUUCGCAUACUGGGCCACCUCUGCUGUCUUCCAUGUAUUCGAUGUCUACGACCUCUUUCCACAGUACCGACUGCAUACCCCAGCCGAGAUCACAAAACGGAACAAAGUCACACGGUACGAAGUCUUCCGCGAUGUCAUAGUACAGCAAGUCGUCCAGACACUCUUCGGAGUGGCCAUCGCCUGGUGGGAUCCGCCCGAGAUGAUGGGAAAGGAGCAGUACGAUAUCGCUGUCUGGGCCUUGCGCCUGCGAGUUGCUCAGUCAUACCUUCCCACGGCCCUAAGAGUCAUCGGCGUGGAUUCUGUCCAGCUCGCUACAAAAUCGUACCAGCAUCAUCCUACCGUGGCUGCCGUCCUCGCAGGAGGUGCAUACCAAUCACCGGGAUUCGCUUCGUGGGAGCUUCAGGCUGGGUGGCUGAUCUACCAUGUCCUCGUACCCUUCCUCCAAUUCUCUAUCGCCAUCGUUCUGGUCGAUACCUGGCAAUACUUUGUCCAUCGGGCCAUGCACAUGAACAAGUUUCUUUAUACCUGGCUACAUGCCCGACACCACCGCCUGUAUGUCCCAUACGCGUACGGAGCUUUGUACAACCAUCCAGUCGAAGGCUUCAUCCUCGACACCGUUGGCACUGGCUCUGCAUACCUACUGACCGGCAUGACUGUACGCCAGGGUAUGGCCUUCUUCACUGCGGCCACAAUCAAGACUGUCGACGAUCAUUGCGGCUACCACUUUCCAUGGGACCCUCUACAGCACCUGACUGGCAACAAUGCUGCCUACCACGACAUUCACCACCAGAGCUGGGGCAUCAAGACCAACUUUUCCCAGCCGUUCGGAACAUUCUGGGAUCGCUUUCUAGGCACAAAGUGGACUGGUGGCGAUGUUUCAAGCAGGUACGAGCGUGACAGGAUUGCCGCACAAAAGAAGGUAGACGCCGACGCCGCGAAUGCUCCAUCUACCGUGACGAACUCGCCCGCGGUAGAUCUGGACAAGGCUCAAAAGCAAGCUCAAGAAAGCCGACAGCAAGUUCUGGAUGACCCAAAAGUCGAUGGCAGAAUCGUGAUUGCAGAAGAAGCGCGAGAAGAGAAAGAGGUUAAGCAACAAACGCCACGACGCUCCACUAGACGAAGUGUUAGUGGCUUCGAUCCGAAAGCCAUAUCUGAUCGUAUGGCAGGCAGUCUGCAUGGUCGCAGCACAGCUAUUCUGCAUGCUGACGGACUGCGGUGA